UCGGCUCCAACGAUAAAAACCGAGCCGUCAUGUUUCUGUCCCUCCCUCUCUGCUUCUGUCCGUCGGCCAGGCUGCCGCAGCAUUCUACCUGCCCGGAACAAAACACCAGAAAACAACCAUGUCUGAGAAACUUCCCUACAAAGUUGCUGACAUCAGCCUGGCCGAAUGGGGGCGUAAGGCCAUCGAGAUUGCUGAGAACGAGAUGCCUGGUCUGAUGAAGAUGAGGGAGAUGUACGGUCAGUCCAAGCCUCUGAAGGGCGCUCGCAUUGCCGGCUGCCUCCACAUGACCCUGCAGACGGCUGUGCUCAUCGAGACCCUCAUUGCUCUCGGCGCUGAGGUUCAGUGGUCAAGCUGUAAUAUCUUCUCCACUCAGGAUCACGCUGCUGCCGCCAUUGCCAAGGCUGGCAUUCCAGUGUACGCCUGGAAAGGUGAGACAGAUGAGGAGUACGUGUGGUGCAUCGAGCAGACUCUGUACUUCAAAGAUGGUCAGCCUCUCAACAUGAUCCUGGACGACGGAGGAGACCUCACCAACCUGGUCCACCAGAAGUACCCCAAACUGCUGGCAGGUAUCCGUGGUGUGUCAGAGGAGACCACCACAGGUGUCCACAACCUGUACAAGAUGAUGAACAAGGGCGAGCUAAAGAUCCCCGCCAUCAAUGUCAACGACUCUGUCACAAAGAGCAAGUUCGACAACCUGUAUGGCUGCAGGGAGAGCCUGAUCGAUGGUAUCAAGCGUGCCACUGACGUGAUGAUCGCUGGUAAAGUUGCCGUGGUGGCAGGUUAUGGUGACGUGGGUAAGGGCUGCGUCCAGGCUCUGCGCGGGUUCGGAGCUCGUGUCAUCGUCACUGAGAUCGACCCCAUCAACGCCCUGCAGGCUGCCAUGGAGGGUUAUGAGGUUACCACCAUGGAUGAGGCUUCUAAGGAAGGAAACAUCUUUGUCACCACCACUGGCUGUGAGGACAUCAUCCUGGGACACCACUUUGAGAACAUGAAGGAUGAUGCCAUCGUCUGUAACAUUGGACACUUUGACUGUGAGAUCGACAUGGCCUGGCUCAACAAAAACGCUGCCGAGAAGGUCAACAUCAAGCCUCAGGUCGAUCGCUAUCGUCUGAAGAACGGUAAUCACAUCAUCGUCCUGGCCGAGGGUAGACUGGUCAACCUGGGCUGUGCCAUGGGACACCCAUCCUUUGUCAUGAGCAACUCCUUCACCAAUCAGGUGCUGGCUCAGAUCGAGUUGUGGGUGAACACCGCCAAAUACCCCGUGGGAGUCUACUUCCUGCCCAAGAAGUUGGACGAGCAGGUGGCAGCUGCCCACCUGGAUAAGCUGGGGGUGAAGCUGACCAAGCUGACAGAGAAGCAGGCGAAGUACCUGGGUCUGCCCACCGAGGGGCCCUUCAAACCAGACCACUAUCGCUACUGAGCCCCCUUGCCUGGCUAGGGAAGAGGAGGAGGAGGAGGAGAAGAAUAAAGAGGAGAAGGUGUGGCUAGAAGGGUGUUGGUGUUUUGGUGGGUGGGAGCACUUGAAGAGUUUGGCCAGGUUGCACUCUGGGUGCCAUUUUGGUUUUGGCCAAAUAUCAACUUUUCAGGGAUACAGAGAGACAGGUUUUUUCCUUUUUAAAAGGCCUUCCAUAUCAAAUGCUAUAAAAACAUUUCAGUUGCAUCCUGUGUCAGUCCAAGUGAUGUGGCAUGGAUAAACGUAAAAACCACUGCCUUGCUCUGCUUUAGUAAGUUGACAUCAAACAUAAUCUGCCAACCAGCUUGUGUUGCAUCACUCAUUUCUGGCUGAAAUGGGAUUGACCCAAAGCUUCUGCUCAGUAGUUUUACAUGGGAGUCUGUAAACAUGUGGAGGGUGCAAAAUAUAAUGAACAUUUUCUUCUUUGUGCAAAUCCAAUUCAAAGCAGCAGCCAACCCUGCAUUUCAACUGAAAACAUAUUACUUUGUCUCAGCACCAUCUUCAUUUUCUCUAACACCAACAUACUCUGAUACCUUCAGUCCUCGGCCGCCUCUCCUCUCUUUCUCAUCAGCACUCUUCUGAAACACCAUCAAGUGCUAUUGUGGCUGUUUAAAGAGAAUUCCUCUUGUUGUUUAUGUCAUUCCCUCUCCAUUUAUGGAAUUUAAAAAAAAAACCCUGAUGCUUUUCUUUCUGAACUCUUCUCUCUGUCUUGAAGCGGCUCAAGGAGAAAAUAUUUUUCUUCUCUAUCUUGACAAAACAGUUUAGUGUACAGCGGCCUUAUUCCAGUGUGUAUUCACAUUAACACUGCCCUGUGUUAGCACUUAAUAAAACUGUACUUGAACUGUGCGUGAAGUUUGGAGACACUCAUGAAGUGCUUGGUAUGACUGGGUGUGUUCACUACUUAUCCAGGUUGAUCAGUAGAGUAAAGAUGAGCACCUCUGCCAAAGGAACCACCAAAGCAUCUCAUGCUUUUGCCUGAUUUAUAAGAAGUCUUAUUCUUUCUGUUGCCUCAUUCUCUUCCUUUGUUGUGAUUAUUUAAUUUGACCUGAAGGGCCAAAGCAUGUGCAGCCCCCCCCCCCCAUAAUCCUUUUUAAUCUCUCACUGUAGCAAAUCCGGUUCUUCUGAUGCUGUGGGUAUAAAGAGAUCAGGGUGGAGUUGAAGUGGUAGUCGCGGUCCUCAACGGUUACAGCCUGAAGUAGAGUUCAACUGUUUUGUAAAUGAUGGAUUUGAUGUUAAAACUGUCAAGUGUGACGAUGGAAAAUAAAACAUAUGUUGACUCUG